GCCCUCUCCUGCAGAUGUGCCCCGCUCGGCUGCUCCCGCGCUGAGAGUCUGAGGCGAGCCCACAGUGCCUGCCCGCCAUGUCGCAGACGCUGCACAUCGAGAUCCCCAACUUCGGGAACACCGUGCUUGGCUGCCUCAACGAGCAGCGCCUGCUGGGCCUCUACUGCGAUGUGUCCAUUGUGGUCAAGGGCCAGGCCUUCAAGGCCCACCGGGCCGUCCUGGCCGCCAGCAGCCUCUACUUCCGCGACCUGUUCAGCGGCAACAGCAAGAGCGCCUUCGAGCUGCCGGGCACGGUGCCGCCCGCCUGCUUCCAGCAGAUUCUGUCCUUCUGCUACACAGGCAGGCUGACCAUGGCAGCCAGCGAGCAGCUCGUGGUCAUGUACACAGCUGGCUUCCUGCAGAUCCAGCACAUCGUGGAGCGCGGCACAGACCUCAUGUUCAAGGUGAGCUCGCCCCACUGCGACUCGCAGACCGCCAUGAUCGAGGACGCCAGCUCUGAGCCCCAGAGUCCCUGCAACCAGCUGCAGCCGGCCGCUGCCACCGCCCCCCCCUACGUCGUGUCCCCCUCCGUCCCCAUCCCGCUGCUGACCCGCGUGAAGCAUGAAGCCAUGGAGCUGCCGCUAGCCGCCGCGGGCACGGCCCCUCUCAAGCUGCCCCGGGUCUCCUACUAUGGGGUGCCCAGCCUGGCCACCCUCAUCCCCAGCAUCCAGCAGGUGCCCUACUCCCAGGGGGAGCGGACCAGUCCAGGGGCCAGCAGCCUGCCCACCACCGACAGCCCCACCUCCUACCACAACGAGGAGGAUGAGGAGGAUGAUGAGGCCUACGACACCAUGGUGGAGGAGCAGUACGGCCAGAUGUACAUCAAGGCCACGGGCAGCUAUGCAGUGCAAGAGAAGCCGGAGCCAGUGCCGCUGGAGAGCCGCUCCUGCGUCCUCAUCCGCCGCGACCUCGUGGCCCUGCCCGCCAGCCUCAUCAGCCAGAUUGGGUACCGCUGCCACCCCAAGCUCUACUCCGAGGGGGACCCUGGCGAGAAGCUGGAGCUGGUGGCAGGCUCUGGCGUCUACAUCACUCGUGGCCAACUGAUGAACUGCCACCUGUGCGCAGGAGUGAAGCACAAGGUCCUGCUGCGUCGCCUGCUCGCCACCUUCUUUGACAGGAACACGCUGGCCAACAGCUGUGGUACCGGCAUCCGCUCCUCCACCAGUGACCCAAGCCGCAAGCCGCUGGACAGCCGAGUCCUAAACGCUGUGAAACUAUACUGUCAGAACUUCGCGCCCAGCUUCAAGGAGAGCGAGAUGAACGUGAUCGCCGCAGACAUGUGCACCAACGCCCGCCGCGUCCGGAAGCGCUGGCUGCCCAAGAUCAAGUCCAUGCUCCCUGAGGGCGUGGAGAUGUACCGCACGGUCAUGGGCGCCUCGGCCGCCAGCACGCCCCUGGACCCCGAGUUCCCGCCCGCCGCGGCGCAGGUGUUCGAGCAGCGCAUCUACGCUGAGCGGCGGGGUGACGCAGCCACCAUCGUGGCUCUGAGAACUGACGCCGUGAAUGUCGACCUGAGCGCCUCCACCAACCCCAUGUGGCUUGGCCCCCCUACCUGCAAAGCUGAGGGGGCGCCUGGCCCCCCGCGGGUCCCAGCCUGGGACAGCCUGUGCGAAGGCUUGGGCGCUUUCCCACCCAGGCUCCUCGUCCUGCUGACGGCCACCCUCCCGUAUGGCGGGCCCUUGGGAGACCUCGGAACGCUGCUGCUGCACAGAUCGGUGACGCCAGCCAGCCCGCUCCGAGCCCGGCGCUGCCGGGGGCCGGAGAACCGCGGGGCUCAGAACUAG